AUGGCUGAUCAAACAGCUCCAACAACGACGGAUCAAAUAGAACCAACACUAAAAUACCUUAAUAAUGAACCACCACCACUUACUGAAUGGAAGCCUGCAUUCGGAUUACCUUGUUGUUGGAAAACUCUCGAUCCAACAGUUUUCUUUUGUAAUUUUCAAUUUGUUCAAUUGAAAAUAGUCGACUUAGUCAUUGUUUAUAACAUAAUUGCUCAAUUUAUAUGGAUGAAAUACGUUUAUCCAAAUUUAUCAACACCGUAUUCGAACAUUAUGAUGGUGUAUACAUAUUUCACAAUGAUAUAUGCCAUUGGUAAUAUCACAGCAGCGAGAUACAUCAACCCUGGUUUUCUACCUUGGAAUUGGUCUGUGACAAAGAAACGAACGUUUACAAAGAACGAGCUCAGAUCAGGAUUUGCGCUUAAUGAUGAGCAAGAUGAAUGGGCAAAAUCUCAUGAAAGUCCUAAAAGAGCUUGGUUUUCAUCAAAUAUCGGAUAUUUCAUACUCAGAGGCGACCAUUACUGCUCUUGGGCAGGUUCAUUCAUCGGACUCUACAACCACAGAUACUUUUUAAUGGCAAUUAUCGGUUUUUCAUUGUAUAUCGACGGUUGGCUUGUUUGCUUGUUUUAUUUGUUAUACCAACACAAGUUGCAUAUGUCUUGGCUAUACGCAAUACCACUUUUUGCUAUUGGAUUCUUUUUUGCAUAUUUAGCAAAUAUGAACGUUUUAAAUCAGCUUUUUUUACUUCACAACAAUACAACACUUAUAGAACAUUUGAAGAAGAAAGAUUUCAUCUAUUACCACGAUUCUUGUUUAGAAGGAUUUGUAGAAAUCUGUGGAUCAAAGAAAUACAUGGCAUUGUGGCUUUGUCCAUGUCCUCUUCCACGAGAAGUUGACGGAUUCGAUUUCGAGGAAGGACCUUAUAAACUGAAAUCAGAAGAUGAUGACGCAGAAACAAAACCAUUUCUAUAA